AUGGAAGCAAGACAACCUAGGCCAUUCAGUGACUUUCAAAAGCAUCGCCAGGAGUUCAUACCAGUGUUUCCUGAUUCAUUAGACAUCAACAGCAAGAUUUCUGUUAAGAAAGAAGAUUUUGGUGUUAAAGAAGAGAUUAAGCCGCUGUUUAAGACUUUACUUGGCGAAGCAGGCAUGCCUUAUGUAGAACUAAAGGUUGAUGAGGGAAAUGGUCAAACCUUGAAAGCUGCAGAACCCCUUAAGAUUGGCUGUGUUCUCUCAGGGGGCCAAGCCCCUGGAGGACAUAAUGUUAUCUCAGGCCUCUAUGACAUGAUCAAGGAUAUCCAUCCAGAAUCACAACUUUUCGGAUUCCUUAAGGGGCCUCAUGGAAUUUUCACUGGAAAUUAUGUUAAAAUCCAAGAUGACUUUAUGAAUGAGUAUCGAAACAUGGGAGGGUUCGAUAUGAUCAGAUCAGGAAGAGAUAAGAUCGAAUCUCCUGAACAGUUUGCUAGCUCUCUCAAGUAUUGCAACGAGUUAGAUCUCAACGGACUUAUUGUGAUUGGUGGAGAUGACUCCAACACCAAUGCAUGUCUCCUUGCUGAAUACUUCAACGCCCAUGAAAGUAAAUGCAAAGUUAUCGGAGCACCCAAGACAAUAGAUGGUGAUUUGAAGAAUGAAUAUUGCGAAGUUUCAUUCGGGUUCGACACCGCUACCAAGACCUACUCUGAACAGAUUGGCAACAUUAUUGUUGAUACUAGAUCUACUAAGAAAUACUACCACUUUAUCAGACUCAUGGGAAGGUCGGCAUCUCAUAUUGCUCUUGAGUGUUACCUUCAAACAAGAGCUGACCUUGUACUCAUUGGAGAAAAAAUCUUUGAGAAAAACAGGACUCUUAAAGAAGUUACCAACGAAAUUGUAGACGUAAUCGUCAAGAGACAUGAACUUGGAAAGAACUAUGGUGUUUUCCUGAUCCCAGAAGGCAUAAUUGAAUUCUUCCCAGAGAUGGUGCCUUUGAUAUCACAAAUCAACGACUUCUUUGGAGAAAGAACAGAUAUAGAAAAUCCGAGAGCUUAUGUUCUGGAACAUUUGACUGCUGAAAAUAAGGCAUUAUUUGAGUUCCUCCCUCGAGAAAUCGCUGACCAACUUUUGUUAGAUAGAGAUCCUCAUGGAAACGUCCAAGUUGCAAAAAUAGAGACUGAGAUCCUCAUGAUCUUGCUCUGUCAGAAGGAGCUUGAGGAAAGGAAUGCUAAAGGAGAGUAUAAUGGUAAAUUUCACCCUCAAAGUCACUAUUUCGGAUACGAAGGAAGAUGUGCCAUUCCUAGUAAUUUUGAUACCCAAUAUUGAUACGCCAUUGGAAGAACUGCUGCAUCUUUGGUGUCGCUAAAAUAUUCUGGUUACAUGGCUAUCAAUAAAAAUUUGCAAGAUUCAAACCCUAAAAACUGGAUUUCAGCUGGAUGCCCAUUACCAACAAUGAUGGGAAUGGAAAGAAGGAAAGGAAAAGACAAGCCUGUCAUCACCAAAUAUGUUGUGGAACUUGACGGGGCCAUGUACAAAGCCUAUCUCCAAUUCAAAGAUAGAUGGAGUCUUUAUGACUGCAAUGUUUCACCAGGACCAAUCCAACUACAUGACCCUUCAUCGAUAGACGUGCCCUUCCUUGUCAGAGCUCCAGAUCUGGAUUUGCUAGAGAAAGAGACUGAGGAAAGGAUUAAACUUGAGAAAAGCCUAGAUGACCAUCAGCAAUAUUUCAUGACGGGAGAAAUGAAUCUUUCUCUUGAUGCUAAAAAGAUGCUCUCAUACAAAGCUGGGAUCCCAUCUUUCCUUGAAAAAGGAGACUAUGGUUGCUUCGCAGUCAGAAAGGCCAGACCUAAAAAUAUCGACAUCGAAGAAACUCUUCAUGAGCAGUACCCUUAUCUUGGGAAUGAUGACUACUCAACCCAUUUUGUAGAAAUAAUUGACAGGAAAGAUACAAAGGUAACUCACAUGGAAACAGAGGAUCAGAGCGUGCAUAAUCUGAACGAAGAAUUUUCAGCCAAUCAGAAAUCUCAUUUAAAAAUUGGUAUUGUCAUAUGUGGAAGACAAGCACCAGGAAUGCACAAUGUUAUAGAUGGUCUCCUUAGAUUCUCUAAAAAUCACGGAGAUAUAGAACUUAUUGGCUUCACUAAUGGAACUGUUGGCUUCUUCAAAGGAGAUCAUAUCAUUAUUACUGAAGAAAAUUUUGCUCUUUAUAGAAACCAAGGAGGAUGCGAGUAUCUUGGAAGAUCUGUUGACCAAAUCAGAACUAAAGAGCACCAGGAAGCUGCUAUUGAUAUCUGCACUAAGUUCAACCUUAAUGGUCUUGUUCUAGUCGGAGCUAGCCACACUCUUUCUGAUGCAGCUCACUUGACUGAUCUAUUUCUUGAGAAAAAUAUCCAGACAAGAGUCAUUGGAGUCCCAUCAACCAUUUUCGGGAACAUUUCUGGAAAAUAUAUAGAAUCAACUGUUGGAUUUGACACUGCUUCAAAGCUUUACUCUCAGCUUAUUGGGAACAUUAUGACUGACGCAGCUUCAGCUGUGAAGUAUUGGUAUCUAAUGAGGCUCAUGGGAGGCGACCCAUCCCACUUAGCCCUUGAAAGUGCUCUUCAGACUGGCCCAAAUGCGGUCUUAAUUUCUGAAGAAAGUGCUAGAGAUCAAGAAACAUUGCCUACAAUUGUUAAUAGACUGUGUGAUUUAAUUCAGAAAUAGACAUGAAGAAGGCAAGGAUUUCGGAACUAUCUUGAUACCAGACGGCUUGCUUGCUCAUCUCUCUCACUAUUCAUCAAUUAUCGAAGAGCUUAACGAAGCUUUUGGCAAGUGUGAAACUCAUGAAGAGCUAGAUACUCUUGAAGAAAGGCUUCUAAAUUCAGAAGAUACAGGAGAAAUUUUGACACCAUGGAGUACAUCUGUUUUCAACAUUCUUCCAGACUUCACUAAGAAGCAGUUGUUUAUCACAAGAAAGAUUACAGGGAAGUUUGACCUUGCUCAGCUUCAGACUGAGAAACUUAUUAGUCAUCUCAUCGCAGAAGAACUCAAGAAAAGGAAGAAAGAAACUGGUGUGAAGAUUCCAUUUAGUCCAGUUACUCAUUUCUUUGGAUAUCAAGGGCGAGGAUCUCUCCCAAGUCUCUUCGACUGCUCUCUAGCUUCGACAUAUGGGUAUACUGCAGGUUCCUUGAUUGAACAUGGACUAACUGGUAUUUGUGUGACAGCGAGAGGGCUCAUGUCUGACCCUGCUGAUUGGAAAGUUGGAGGAGUCCCAUUCAUCUCCCUCAUGGACAAAAAGUCUAAAUCUAGCAUUUAUGGAAGAGAUAAAGUCUACAUUAAGUCUGAAGAAGUGGACCUGAAUGCUUUUGUUUACCAAAAAGCGAAAGUAAACUCUAAGCAAUGGGAGAUGAAUGACAACUUCAUCAAUCCAGGACCAAUUCAGCUCUUCGGAGAGGGAAAAGACAGAGUUAAUAUGAAAACCCACCUACAAGCUGAUAAGUACUCCAAGCAGGUCAGUACCAUUAAAGACCUAUGUAACCUCAUCCAAAGAAGAUGUACUUUUGCAGAUGAUGCUGGUAUACUCAAAGCGGCUAUAGCCAGUCUGCAAGGGGUCGAUCAAACUCUCUAAGUCGCCAUAAGAUUCCUUCAAUAAUCUA